GGCAGCCCAGGAGUUCACAGCGCUGACAGCACAGGGCUUGAAGUGCCAGGCGCCCCAGGCAUCAUGGGUUUGUCCCUACAACCCCGGAGUUUAAUUCUGUACCUGUCCAGCCUUCUCCUGUUCUCUCCAGCAUGCCUGGCAUAUGUGGCUACCAGAGACAACUGCUGCAUCUUAGACGAAAGAUUUGGUAGUUAUUGUCCAACUACCUGUGGCAUCGACGAUUUCCUGGCUACUUACCAAAGCAAUGUACACAAGGACCUGCAGAGUUUGGAAGACAUCUUAAAUCAAGUUGAAAACAGAACAACAGAAGCCAAAGAACUCAUCAAAGCCAUCCAGAUCAGCUAUAAUCCAGAUCAGCCAAAAAAGCCAAAUAUGAUAGAGACUGCCACCCAGAAUUCCAAGAGGAUGGUAGAAGAGAUCAUGAAAUACGAAGCAUUGAUUCUAACACAUGACUCUAGUAUCCGAUUUUUGCAGGAAAUAUAUAAUUCAAAUAAUCAGAAGAUCCUUAACCUGAAACAGAAGGUAGCCCAGCUUGAAGCCAAGUGCCAGGAGCCUUGCAAAGACACAGUAAAAAUCUAUGAUACAACUGGGAAAGAUUGUCAAGACAUUGCCAAUAAGGGAGCCAAAGAGAGUGGCCUUUACUUCAUCAAGCCUCUGAAAGCGAAGCAGCAGUUCUUGGUCUACUGUGAAAUUGAUGGCUCUGGAAACGGAUGGACUGUGCUACAGAAGAGACUGGACGGCAGUGUGGAUUUCAAGAAAAACUGGAUUCAGUAUAAAGAAGGAUUUGGCCAUCUCUCUCCUACUGGCACCACUGAGUUUUGGCUGGGAAAUGAGAAAAUUCACUUGAUAAGCACACAGUCUCAAAUCCCAUAUGCACUCAGAGUGCAAUUGGAAGACUGGAAUGGCAAAACCAGUACUGCAGAUUAUGCCAUGUUCAAGGUGGGACCUGAAGCUGACAAAUACCGCCUGACCUAUGCCUACUUCGUCGGUGGAGAUGCUGGGGAUGCCUUCGAUGGCUUUGAUUUUGGUGAUGAUCCUAGUGACAAGUUUUUCACAUCCCACAAUGGCAUGCAGUUUAGUACCUGGGACAAUGACAAUGAUAAAUUUGAAGGCAACUGUGCGGAACAGGAUGGAUCUGGUUGGUGGAUGAACAAGUGUCAUGCUGGCCACCUCAAUGGAAUUUAUUACCAAGGUGGCACUUACUCAAAAGCAUCUACCCUGAAUGGUUAUGAUAAUGGAAUUAUUUGGGCCACUUGGAAAAGCCGCUGGUAUUCCAUGAAGAAAACCACCAUGAAGAUAAUCCCAUUCAACAGACUCUCCAUUACAGAUGGACAACAACACCACCUGGGGGGAGCCAAACAGGUCAGGCCAGAACAUGAGGUUGAAAUAGAAGACAAAUAAAUCAUUUUUCUCAGAGAUGGUAGAGUGAUAACUGUUAAUUUCUAUGGACUCACACAAUAUGUUUCAGACACAUUCUGAAAGUCUUUUCCUAUCUUCCUUUACUGUAUUUUUAAAUUUUAAUUAUUCUUAAAAGGAUAUUUGGGCUUCAAUGAAAAAAUAAAAAUCCACAUCAGACUGUAUUCCCAAAUUAGUGAAAUCAGAGUUAUUUUAAAAAUUGCUUAUUUGAGGAGACAACAUUUGGACUUAUUUCCUAAAUAUAUAAAAAUAAAACUAUGGCUUUUUUUUGCCUUAUUAUGAUUAUUUGUCAUUUUAUUUUGUUACUUUUUGGGGUUUUAGUAUUUCAUAAAUAUUUUUGUAUGUACUAAUAAAAUAGGAGAAAAUUUUAGAGUUUCAAAUGCCUGAGUAUGUUUUUCAUGUAUGCUAUCCCCAAAUCAGUCAUAUUUAAUUCUUCUUUUUUAAACAGAAUUAUAUCUUUUUUAAUAUAUUCUUUUGUUUUGUUAUAUAUUCAUAGGCUGGAGACGUUUAAAAGACCAUUCAAAAGUGAUUUGAUUUUUUUAAAGGACUUUAUCUGAACAGAAAAAUAUAAUAUUUUUCCUAUGGGACAAUGGACUUUCAAAGCCUCACUUCAUAUUAAGAGUAAAACGAACUCAUGUUGAAAACUCCAUUAACAGUUUUGUGCUGGUGGUAAUUUAUCUACAUGCAUUUCAAUAAACAUUUUGUUUCCUAAGACUAGA